UGUUUUAUAAUUAAUUAAACAACUCUCAACUUCUUAUCUUUAUGAAUUUUGGCCAUGUCUCACACGUUCUUUUACUCUACAACUCUCUCAACUCCACCACCUCCCUCAAAAUUCGAUUUUUUUUAGCAUAAACUUUACCAAAUAAAUAAACAUAAAUUAAAUCUGUAUGAAAAUAACUACCCAAUUCAAUUUUCAGAUGCAUUUCUUUGUUUUUCAAGCUUAUUUCAGUAGCAAAGAUGGAGAAGCAGAGAAAUUGCUGCUCAUUUUGGAAAUCCACUAAAUUUAUGGUUAUUUCUCUAACUCUUUCUCUCUGUUUAGUGUUCUUUUCAUUCUUUUCUUUCUGGUUUAUGCGAGCUUCUCCAUUGAUUCACCAAGAAGCCUAUGUUCUAAGCUUAAGCUUUAAUUCCUUAAAUCUUCAAUCUUUGACAGUUCCUAGUACAAAUCCAUCUGAUUUUAAUCUUAAUGAUACUACUAAUUUGAAGAAAACCCAGUUUCAAAAACCUCAAAUUUCAUCUGGGUUUGUUGUUAAUAGUUCCAUUGAAGUGACUAGUAGUAGAAAUUUCACUGUUUUGGGUAAAAAUUUCUCAGUUUCUAGAGUGAAAGUUAUGAAUUUGGGGGAUACCCAUUUGAGUGAACUUCAAAAUUCAUCUGAGUUUGUGAGAUCUUCUAGUUUUAAGGAUGAAGUUGAUGAAAUUACUACUGAUGAUGUGGUAAAAGCUGAAGUUAGUUGGGUUGAAAUUGAAAUGAAUUUGACUAAAGUUGGUAAAAUUGAUGAGGAUAUUGAAGAGAAAAAGGGUAAAAAUUGUGAUGUUUCCAAAGGGAGGUGGGUGUUUGAUGAUAGCUACCCAUUGUACACAAAUUUCUCAUGUCCAUUUAUAGAUGAAGGGUUUAAUUGCCAAGGAAAUGGGAGGUGGGACAAAGAUUACAUGAAGUGGAGAUGGCAACCUCAAGAUUGUGACAUUCCAAGGUUCAAUGCAACAAAUAUGCUGGAAUUGAUUAGAGGAAAGAGGCUAGUCUUUGCUGGUGAUUCAAUUAAUAGAAAUCAAUGGGAAUCAUUGCUUUGUUUAUUGAUGGGAGCUGUAAAAGAUCCUACUAGGGUGUAUGAGGCACGAGGUCGAAGGAUCACUAAGAAUAGAGGGGCCUAUAGUUUCAAAUUUGUGGAUUAUCAGUGCACAGUUGAAUUUUAUGUGACGCAUUUCUUAGUGCGAGAAGGCAAGGUGAGGAUGGGUAGGAAGCGUAAGGAAACGUUGCGAAUUGAUAGCAUAAAUAGAGAUUCAGCAAAAUGGAGAGGAGCUGAUAUCUUGAUCUUUAAUACUGGAAAUUGGUGGACUCAUUUCAAGACAAAAGCAGGGAUUAACUAUUACCAGGAAGGUAAGCAAGUUUAUCCUCACCUUGAUGCAAUAGCAGCUUACAAAAAAGCUCUUCUGACGUGGGCUACAUGGAUCGAUAGAUAUAUAAAUCCUCACAGAACCCAGGUUUUCUUUCGAAGUACAGCACCAGCUCAUUUCAGAGGGGGGCAAUGGAAUACUGGUGGACAUUGUAGAGAAGCAAAGAGACCACUAAAUGAAAUGUAUAUAGACAAUCUUGAUAAAGAUCAUAUUGCUCGGGAGGUCAUCAAUACGAUGAAAACUCCUGUUACAUUUGUGAAUGUAACAGGAUUAUCGUCAUAUAGGAUAGAUGGUCAUCCUUCCAAGUAUGGGAAAACCCCAGGAAAGAAGGGAUCGUCAGAAGAUUGCAGUCAUUGGUGUCUUCCCGGGGUUCCAGAUGCUUGGAACGAGCUGAUUUAUCAUCAGUUACUUAUAAAACAACAGAAGAAGCUAUAUGCUCGGUGAUGAGCCUUAGAACAGUAUUAUUAUAGGCGUUCACUUAUUCUUUGAUUAACUUUUUACAUUUGAUCUAUUCUCUGCUGUUAGAUACUUAAAUUCAGAUUUUUUUUGUAAUCAAUUGUAAUGAAGAGGGAAACAAUGUAUGUCUAUUGACUAGUAUAAUACUGUAACAACAUGAUAUUGUAUGGCUAAGGGAUUCAAGAUAGAUAGCAAGUAAGAAAUCGAGUAUCAAUUUACAAUGGAUUGUAAUAAGAUUUGAUGAAGCUAACAUGUAUCUGAUUAUCUUACCUAAACAUAGACCCUACGCAAAUUUACUAUCACCUGAUGUUAUUUGGAGCUUUACAUGGUUUUUCAAACGGAGUGAAAAUUAAUAAUAUGAAGAUUAUUCAUUCCAAAAUUGACCUAAAUGAACCAUACUCGAACCAUGGACUAUUCACUCGAAUGUGACUCGAAUAAAAUUAGACCAAAUGGAACGUGAUCCGAAAGACCACUUUGGCACCCCUAGUCUAAGGUUAGGCUUUAAAGAACAAAGGUGGUAGUGUGAUGGCUGCAUAUAAACGAUUCUACAGGAUCAUAGAAAAAUGAUUAGAUCUACCCUAAUUUGAUAUGAACUAAGAUAAUAAUCACAUUUGCUAAAUUUAUGAUAAUUAAAAAUGCCUCAUACAUAAUACAUCUAAAAGCUCUUGGAAACUCUCUUUUGUCUCUAUUUUUUCUUCCUACUUUGACCUUUUCUACCUCUUAGAAAUUUCAAUUAAAAAAAAAA